UACUAUCUGUAAGUUUUACAUGUGUGAAUCAAAUCAGUACAAAUUCUUAAUCUUCUUAAUUAAUUCUUCUUAAGGGCAAAUUCUUAAUUCCAAUCAAACUUAGUCCAGACGAUCAAAGGGACUUUUAUGGGGAUUCCAGAUUCUGAGAAUUAUCAUGUCGAUGACCCUUUCAGCAGCACGGCAUGUGCGCGCAUCAAUUUAAAUUUGUGCAUGUCUACCUUCAAAUUGAUGCAGCACAGUUUAUCUCAUCUCCAGUGAACGCACUGUUAACUCAUCAGUUCUAUUACUACAACAGAUAUCUGUGAUGCUGGCAAAUAGCAAUGGCAUGCCAAGUAUUAAAGAUAACAAGAAAGAAGAGUUAUAUUCUGUUGGGCGUCUUUGUGCUGCUGUCGGUGGCUUACACCUUCUGGUCCGCCAAACACCACCAGGCAUUGGUGUACUAUGUCAGAAACCGGUUCAUCAACCAGGCGUUGUACCGUGCGCCAGAGCUGAACGCCGCCGAGCUCAACAACACGCACCUGCUCCUCUACUGGACACCCUUCUUCCAGAAUGUGGCCUUCGACGGCUUCGGCCGGAGACCGUUCGCCAAAUGCCCGGUCAACAACUGCGUGGCCACCAACGACCGGCGGUACUUGCGUCUGGCGGACGCCGUUCUGUUCCACGGCGCCGACAUGAGCGUGUUGGACCUGCCGGCUGAGCGCUCGCCGCGCCAGCUGUACGCCUAUUACGUGCACGAGUCUCCGCCGCAGCUGGACAUGCUGCUCGGGCCGCUGAACUCGGCCUUCAACAUCACACUCACCUACCGGCGUGACUCGGACGUGCACAUGCCGUACUUCCGCCUGGUCGCCUGCAACGAGUCCCAGUCACUGGCGGUGACUCAGGACCGGCAGUCGGAGCUGACGCCCCCGCCGGGCGUGGUGCCGCCCGGCGGGCCGCUCGUGGCAUGGGUGGUGUCGCACUGUUCCACCGACGGGCGCCGUGAGGACUACGUGGCCCAGCUGCGGCGCUACAUCGCCGUCGACGAGUUCGGCGCGUGCUCGGGCCGGCCGUGCCCGCGGCCCGGCGCGCUGCAGUGCUACCAGCACCUGGCGCGCUCGCAUCUGUUUUACCUGGCGUUCGAGAACUCGCUGUGCCGCGACUAUGUGACGGAGAAGUUUUUUAACGCGCUGCACGUCGGCCUAGUGCCGGUGGCUCGCGGCGCCACCAGGGCCGAGUACGAGGCUCUUGCGCCGCCCGACUCCUUCUUGCACGUGGACGAUUUUGCCGGGCCUCAGGAGCUGGCCGAUCACCUCCGCUGGCUGGCCAGCAACGGAACGGCGCUGGCGCGCUACCACCGGUGGCGGAGUCAGUAUCGGUUCGCGCCCAGGGAGCGCUGGUGCCGCCUGUGCGAGCUCAUGUCACGCCACAUGGAGCCCGGCACCGCGGUGCUGCCCGACCUGCACUCCUGGUGGUACGAAGGUGCUCAGUGUCACAGCUAGUCAGUGACAGCUACUAGUCUGCAGCUAGUCUGGAUGUGGUUGUUGAUGUAUAGGGACCGUAUUUCACCCGGAAGUCGUUUCGUCCAUUUUGACACAUGUGUUUUGUGUGUGAUACGUUAUGCAUAUUUCUAUUAACCUCGCCCUUGUGUGAUUAGAGUCCACCCGCGUUGAUCAGUUGCUGAGCAGUGAUUAUUGUGAUUUUGCGUCAACAGCAUUUACGUGAUUUUUACUGCUUUGUUUUAUGCUUUUUACAUCUUCAUGGCAGCAUUUUGAUUUUCCCACCUUGCUUGAUAGAGCCAGUCUGAUAAGCGAUAUGUAUGUACCUACACGGGCCCUAAGUUUAUCCUGAAUUACUGGUGUAUGCGGACCGCGUUUCACCCGAAACUCGUCGUUUCUUUUGACACGUGUUUUGUGUGACAUAUGUUUCUAAUAGAUUCACCCGUAAUUGAGGUCCGCCCGCGUGGUCAGUUAAUGAGUAGUGAUCAUUGGGAUUUUGCGUCAACAGCAUUUGCGUGAUUUUUAUCCUGUUGUUUUAUUCUUUUUUAUAUCUUAAAUGGCAGCUAUUUUUGAUUUUCCCACCUUGUUUGAUAGAGCCAGACUGCCGAUAAGCUAUAUGUACACGGGCCUUAAGUUUAUCCUGAAGUUAUCCAUAAGUUCCUUAUUUAACAACUGGCUUUAAUGUGGCCUAUGACACUUUUCCAUUGUAAUGCUACCUCGCCCUUGGCGUGGGCCACAUGCACGUGUCGUCAGUGAUAACAUCAAGGCCAUGUUACUGUCAUUUUACGCUUAUGGACCAAUGGUGGAGGUGUAGAUCAAAUGGCCAGUGCGAUUGUGACACCAUUUGUUCAUAAAAUACAGGGUUAUCUCGUCUGUGUGCCAUUGUCCAAUGAUGCAAGCCGUGUGACAGGGCGGUGUAGGUGAUAGGUUUCUAUCCGAUGCUCUUGCUCGCUCCUUAUGCUAUACCUACAUGCGCCAUCGUUUAUUUGUCAAAUGCAACGUGAACUUUGUGACUAUCGGAUGCAAUAAACUCUGCAUAAUCUUA